CAAAACAUAAUUCAUUUGUCUUUAUCAGUUUCUCUGAUCUCUGUUCAAAACCCACUUGAACAAGACACACUCGUGUAGCUUCCAGACAAUCCACCAACAGCGAAAUAUAAAAACAGAUGCUUGAGUAACUGAAAUAAAAACUACUACUGAAACAAACCCAAAAGAGAAAGAUAAUAAUUCUGAAAACAGAGGAAAUAUAUUCGAAAAACAAGGAAAACAGAAGUAGCAGAUCUCGUUUUCUAGUUGUUUUUGUGUUCGCAGGCGUAAAGGCUGUUUAUACGUUCAUUCAAGGAGCAAACUGUGAGGGUGGUUUUUGAGAACUGAGUGUUUUGUUGGCGAAUGAGCGGUCAACAUUGAGUUUCGAGAUCGAUUAUGGGUUUUUUUCUUAAUUUUUUUUAGUAGUGUUGUUUGAUUUUUAUUUUAGUUUUAGUUAGUGGGGGGCGGUCUUUGUGUUUGUGUGAUGGGAAGUCCUGAAUCUGAGGACAAUGGUAAUAGAACGAAUAACAUUGACCCGACAGUGGGUGGGCUGGUUUGGGUCCGGAGACGAAAUGGGUCGUGGUGGCCGGGUCGGAUUCUGGGACUGGAUGAAGUUUCUGAGGGUUGUUUGGUUUCACCAAGAUCUGGUACUCCAGUUAAGCUUCUGGGUCGUGAAGAUGCCAGUGUGGAUUGGUAUAAUCUUGAAAAAUCUAAGAGGGUGAAGGCAUUUCGCUGCGGAGAGUACGAUGAAUGCAUUCAGAAAGCAAAGGCUUCUGCAGCAAACUCUGGUAAGAAAGCGGUGAAAUAUGCCAGGAGGGAAGAUGCCAUCCUUCAUGCUCUCGAGCUUGAGAGUGCUCGCCUAGGCAUGGAUCAUCCUGACUACUGGGUUAGACCAGAUAAUUCGGGUGGUGAGGUUGGUUUGACCAAAGAAUCACCUGUAAUGUCCCAUUCUAGCAAGGAAAAUGAGGAUAUGAGUGAUGAAACUAGUGAUUCUGCAGAUUGCACAGAUUCAGCACCUGAAUUAUCUCAAUCUGGCGUAUCUUUUGAAGAGUCAAAUCAUACUACUGCUUCUAAGGCACUGUCUGUGCAAGGUAAGAGGAGAAGAACACCAAAUGAUUCAGAGGAUGAUGGAAUGGAGGGUAGUAAGCGCAUGAGAGGACUUGAGGACCUAGGCAUGGGUAUAGGCUCAAAAAGAAAAGUCCAGGCUGUGGGAGGACCUGAGUUAGCUCAACAAGAAAGUGCUUCACUGAGUGAUUCAUACACUGAAAACAUGUCUAAUGGAGGUCCUGUGAAUGGUAACAAAAGUCAUACUUCAUCACUGAAAAGAAAGAGAACACAAGUGGCAAAUAUUCAUGAGUGCUUAAAGAAGAGGAAUCGUCGCCGACCUUUGACAAAAGUUUUGGAGAGCACAGCUAUGGUAUCUGUACCAAUUGUCUGUGAUCAACUGGCCGGUUCAAAUGGUUCACCUCUUCGGGGUUUAUCUGACAGCAAGGUUUCUGGAGUGGAAUCUAAUGAGUCAAGGAAGAGUUUAUCUGUGGUGAUUAACAACAACUCUGAAAGCACUGUCGUUUCUUGUGAAAAUGGUGUCCAUUUAAAUUCUUCUGAACAUGAUUGUGAUGCUUCUCAAAUUAAUCACAAGAAAAAGGAGAGUGAAAUUUCCUGCGUGCCUGGUGAAGUGGGAAAAGACAAGCUAUUUGAUGUGCCAUUUGUUGGGGCAGAUAAACACUCUGCAGGUUUUUCUCCUAUGCUUGUACCCUGUUCCACUGGGAGGCCUGAAGUUGGUGUCUUGGGAAGACAAUCUAGUCAAUGCAGCCAAGGAGAAACUGUAUCUUUGAAAAAUGAGGGGCUUAAUGAAUCUGGUUCUACCAGUUCAGCAGCUGCCCAUGUUAAUAAUAUUAGCCAGAGGAUGGAGAAAGGUACAUCAAAAUGGCAGUUAAAGGGAAAGAGGAACUCAAGACAAAUGAUUAAGAAUAGAAGACACUACUCGAGAAGAUAUGUGGUUACGGAUGAUGAACCAAAUGCUUAUGCGGCAGGAACAGAGCAACUGGAUGGAUUUCCUCAGGGAUCUGAUCAGAAAGUUGAUUGUGAUGGUAUUCAUGGCUCCAAGUCCAAAAAUGAAACAGAAGACCAUCACUGGGGGAAUUCUGUUCUUCAGAGGGAGCCUCAGAUGAGAACCACAGAGGUGAAACUAUUGUCUGAUGGUUCUAUCAACCCUAGAAAGUCACUUCCCUUUCGACAAACUCGGUACAUGGUUCAUUCCAGAUUCCAGAUGUCUGAUUAUCCAGUCAGAAAUUUUUGUGUUGAAUCUUCUCUCUAUGACAUUGAGCUUGAGGUGAAGGCCAGCUACAAGCCACAGCAUGUUCCCCUUGUUUCCCUCAUGAGUAAAUUGAAUGGUAAAGCCAUUGUUGGUCAUCCUCUUACUGUCAAGGCGUUGCCUGACGGCUACUGUGAUGAUAUUGAAUGUGAUGCAACUCAUGUGUCUCUGUUGGAGUCUGCUGCUGAAACAAGUUAUGCAGUGAAGCAAAAUUCAGAAGCUGGAAGAAUUUCCACAAAGAAUAGAAAAUUAUCAUCACGGUUUUCACCAAAUAGAAGGAAAAAUGGAAUAUUGUCUAAAAAGACACGGAAAUUGUCCUCACUGACUGUCCAAGCAGAGAGGAAGCCAGUGGUGGAGAAGCCAAAGGGCCCUGUUAUUGCGUGUAUCCCUCUAAAAUUAGUGUUCAGUAGGAUAAAAGAAGCAGUCAAUGGUUCUGCACGACCAGCACACCGAGCUUUGGCAUCAAGCAACUCGUGAAUUCAGUUCUUGGUUGAGAGAGGCUGCACUAAUGCAGUUUUUACACAUGAAUUUGUUGGUAUGAAAAGGAUUUCGAUGUGGUUAAAUUCUUGAGUAUCCUUGCAUAUUUAGCAGGACUUUUUUUGUUCUGCUGAAAGCUAGAAUCCCUCUGUACAAUUCCAGGAAAGUUCCUUAUUGUAGGAGAAAGAAGGAUGAAGGCUGUGACUAUGUAAAUAAUGUAACAUUAGUUGAGGUGUAAAGCUGGUGAUCUGGUUUUAGGUACACUUAUUACCUGAUUUCAGGUUCUUAAUUCAUCAUUCAGGUUGACUCAGAGAGCAAAUAACUUAAUUUUAUUGUACUUUUUGGUUUGGGACAAAAUGAGUAAUACUCCAAGCCAUUAAAGUGUCAAAUGUAGCAUUUAUGUGA